AUGCAGUGCGGCAUCGACCUCGUCGCCCUCCGGCCUUCCCUCCUUGACGACCUCGGCCGAGUGGGCGUGGUGAGUCACCAGGCCUGCGCCACCCUCGACGGCCGCCCCGCCACCGACGUCGUGUUUGCAGGGUGCCGGGAGGCGAAGGGGAGCAGGGUGACGGCGGUGUUCGGACCGCAGCAUGGGUACCGCCAGUGUGAGCAGGACAACAUGGUGGAGACGCCAGACGAGCGCUACACCUUUCGCAGCAGCGGGCAGACCGCCGUCGGAGACACGACGGCCGACGUGUCGGUCCCGCUCUACAGCCUCUACUCGGAGCGGCGCGAGCCCAGCCCCGAGCAGAUGGAGCAGGUCGACACUCUCGUGGUCGACCUCCCCGACAUCGGCUGCCGUAUCUACACCUUCAUGCUCACCCUGGCCGCCUGCCUCCGGGCCGCCAAUCGCUCCGGGAAGCGCGUGGUGGUGCUCGACCGGCCCAACCCGCUGGGCCUGUCGUGGCAAGGUAAGGCCGACAGCAAGUGGCGCAGGGUCGAGGGUAACAUCCUCGACACCAAGUGGCACAGCUUCGUGGGCUGGUACCCCAUCCCGCUCAGGCACGGACUCACGUUGGGCGAGCUGGGCAACCUGUUCGUGCGGAUGGACGACCUGAAGCAGGUGGUCUACUCGGUGGUGAAGGUCGAAGGCCUGCGGCGCAAGGACUCCAUGCGCACGAUGUUGCGCGCGGGCUACGCCUCCUCGUUCCCCUUUGCCUCGCCCAACAUGCCCAGCUGGAACUCGGCUCUCUACUUCCCCGCCUUCGUCGUUCUCGAGGCCACCAACGUCAGUGAGGGCCGAGGCACCACGAUUCCCUUCCAGUUGGUGGGCGCGCCCUAUCUGGACGCCCAGGGGUGCAUCGGGCACCUGAGGCAGCGCCAGGCUCGCAACAGGGCCAGCGCGCAUGCCUCCUUCAACGGCGUGGCGAUGGCCGAGCACCACUUCCGCACCACCUUCAACAAGCACGCCGGCAACAUCAGCCGCGGCGUCCGCUUCUCGCCCACAUUCCAGCUGCCCUUCUUCAGCCGCAGAGAUUCUAGUGUCGGCGGCGAAGAGGACGAAGAAGAAGAGGAGGAGGACGCCAACGUGUUCGCGCUCGGGAUGCACUUCCUGCACUACGUCGUCAGUCGCCAUGCCGACGCCUUCAAGUGGCGCGACCCCAAGCAGGGCUACGAGUACAACUUCGAGGACCCACCGCUGUUGCUGAUUCUCGGGCACGAGAGGUGGUGGAACCUGUUCGAGGGCCUGCGCACGGGGGCCAAGAAGAGCGAGGACGGUGAGAGCGAGCGCGAGCUGGACGCCUGUCUGCAGUGGGCCUACGACGAGGCCCAGCGCUUCGCAGUAGAAUCCACGCACGCCCACCUCUACCCCUGA